GGAGUAGUCCCGGUCUCACUAGAAGGACAUUCAUUCCUCAAACCCUCCUCUCAGGUGCUCCUGAGAGGGAGGAUGACAUCUGGCCAGUCCUCCGCUGGCCACCACUCCUCCCCCUCGGGGCCGGAAUUAGGAAACCCUGGACAACCCGCUAGUAAGUCCUCGCGUGCCGAAGCGCCUCCCCAGGCUUAUAAAGGUCGCAGCGCCAGGCAGUUGAGCUCACUUGCCUGGCAGGGGGCUGUGUCAGUGACAAAGUCGACGAGUGGCCUCUGGGGAUCAACGCUGUGCUGCAGCCACAGCCCCGCAGCGUCGCUUUCAGUUCACCUGGACCUCCAGCGCUGCCUCCCGCCACCCGUGCCGCGCCAGGCUCAGCUGCACGAAGGAGGAUGGGUAUGCCUCAUCCCACCCUGCGGGUCCAGGCGCUGCUGCUCUGCCUGGGUUUCCUUCUUCUGCAAGCAGUUCAUAGCACAACUGUGAUCCCAUCAUGCAUCCCAGGAGAGUCUGAGGACAACUGCACAGCUUUAGUUCAGAAAGAAGACAAUCCACGUGUGGCUCAAGUGUCAAUAACAAAGUGCAGCUCUGACAUGAAUGGCUACUGCUUGCACGGACAGUGCAUCUUUCUGGUGGACAUGAGUGAAAAUUACUGCAGAUGUGAAGUGGGCUACACUGGUGUCCGAUGUGAACACUUCUUCUUAACUGUCCACCAACCCUUGAGCAGGGAAUAUGUCGCUUUGACUGUGGUUCUUAUCCUCCUGUUCCUUGUAGUAGUCGUCGGUUCCAUAUACUAUUUCUGCAGAUGGUACAAAAAUCGAAAAAGUAAAAAAUCAAAGAAGGAAUAUGAGAGAGUGACCUCAGGAGACCCAGUGUUGCCACAAGUCUGAACAUCACCAUCAAAUUAUGGGCAGAGAUACGUAGCAGGCGUGGCCAAUGUUAAUAUUUCUGUAUUAUUAAUAAUAUUUAUGUCAGGUCAUGUGAUAGGUCAAUAACUAUAUAUUUUUACUGCACUUGGAAAGUGUUUUAUUUUUGACAGAUUAUUUGCUGUUAUAUGUAAAAAUAUUUAAUAUCAAAAGAAAAUUGAUAUUUUUGUAAGAAUUUCCUGAGUGAAAUGCUUUAUUGAAAGCUUCCAAGCUUAUAACCCUCCACACAGUGCUUAAGAGUGAGCAAGGCCCAGUUUGUUGCUCAGGAGGUGUCAACAAGUCACAGAUUUCUGUGUGCCUAAAUAUAUGAUCAAAUCAAUUUUAUAAAUAAUUUAUUUUCUACUUCUCAGAUCAGUGAUAAUUGAUUUGAUCAUAUCAUGGCUUGGUACAGUAGUUGGCAUCACUGUUUUUUGUAUUAAAACAAAAAUGUAUUGGGACUUGGGAGAGGCAAAUACAGGUCAUAUGAUUUACAUUGUACAUUUGAACCACUAGUCCUGGAAAGGAUGCCUCUUCACCCCAAUUUCAGCUGGCGAGGUAUGGAUGUGCCUGGUAGGGAAAAUGAAAUUCCCUGUGCCCAUCCACCCAACCAGUAGGUAUUCCAUUUUUGUAGUGUACAUGGUUUGUAUGAGCUAAUUGUUGAGUAUCAAUCAAAAAAUCCACACUUGAAGACAAAUUUGUACACCACUUUAGACUAUUUAUUUUAUAGGGAAUUUACUGAAGAAUUGUAGCAUUAAAUCAGAGUCUAAAAUUGGACUAAUCAUAAUUUUAAAAUGUAAUAAGACAAUAGUCAUAUUGUCUAAUGUGGAAAUGUAGUUAUUUUAUAUUUAAAAGAAGAUUUUGUGUUUUUAUUUUUGUUGUUUUGUUAUUGUUGUGGUUUGGGAGCCAGAGUCUCUUUAGCCCAGACUGGUCACAAACUCAUGGCAAUUCUGUUACCGCAGCCUCCUAAGCGGUGGGAUUAUAGGUAUGCAUCAUCAUACCCAGCUUUGAGAGAGUUUUACUUAGAAACACUUCAACUGAUAACUUAUUUGAAAUUUUAAAGUUAUAUAUUUAAGUGUAUAUCCUAACACUGGAAGUAAGAAAAAAAAUUCAGAAAAAUCAAUUGCAGUGUUUUUGUUUUCCAAAGAAACUUUCAAAAUUUAGACUUAACCACACAUUCUCAUGGAAGCGAAGAUGAAACAAGGGCCCUUUCCCUGUCGCUUGUUUGUCUUUUUGGAGAGGCAGGUUUCUGCUCCACUCUGAGCCUGCAGAUCUCAAUGAGUCAAUGAGAGUACUUCGGGCAGUUACAUCAGGAGUCACACUGGCACACCUUCGCCUUGCCUGGAAGGCUGCCUCACCUAAUGCUCAACCUUGGGGUUGAGUCUCUAGAACACAUACCAGGUCAGGGAGGAUCUAUUUUUCCACCUUUUUUUCCUGGCACCUGCUAGGGCAACAAAGAGAUCAUAAGUUGCCGCUGACAUCUGGGAUGCCAGGGCCAGAACUUGCUGCCAUGUGGAACCACUCACUGGACACCCUAGAAGCUUCACAUGACUCCUAUCCAGCAGUCUUGACCUCACUCUUGAGGAAACAAUACAUAAAACAAAUAAUACGUUGCAUAUUCUCAUACAAAUGCUGUGCUCCAUCCAUCACAGAAUUAUAGCCAUUCGUUUCUAUAUUAACCAACAUAUAAAAUCUUUAAAAAGGCAAAAGAAAAUAAAAUUCAAUGAGAACUAAAAUUAUAUUUCUUUGCCAUUUAAUUUAGCUGAAGUCAAAUGUGCCAUGUAAGAACACAUUCUCAAUCCUAUACAUACCUCUUGACACCAACUGGCUUUGAAGGAAACAGGCCUGUUUUCUGUGACCUUGGCUUCUUCAAACAAAAUAUUUUGGCUCAUUGAGAACUCAGCUACAAUCCAUUCACUUAAUUUACACAAGUCUUAUUGUAAGAUUUUUAAAAUUGGCACAAUAUUGUACUGUAAGCAUCUCUGCUCAUAUAACCUAACCUGUUUUGGAUAACAUAUAUACAUAUAUAACAUAUAUAUAUAUAUAUGUUUUUAAAAAGAACCCUUGAAGGAGUUAAUAUUUAUUUAUAAUUUUUGUCUCAUUACUAGGGAUUAAACACAGGGUCUUGCACACACUGAGCAAACAUUCUACCAUUGAGCAAUACCCAUAGCCCCAUAAAUACAUACUGAAUAAUGAAAAAAUGUGACCCAGAUUACAGUAUAAAAGGGUUGCUAUUCAGUUCAGUACAUAAAGAUUUCCCAUUUUUAUCCCCCCACGUACUUGCACAUACACACACACACACACACACACACACACACACACACACACACCGACAAUGCUAUAAACAUCCUGUAUUUAGAUCCAAACCAAUUGCAAAUGAAAAGUUGCAGAACUUAUGGUGUGCCACCAAGGCCACUCAAUAACUCUGAACACACUCUCUAAGCAAGGACUUUAAUGAGUUCUAUACUCAAUACUAAACACUUUAAAAUUGAGACUUUGCACAAUAUAAAGUGUCUACUCCACUCAAUAGCUCUCUUGCUCUUAUAUAUUUUUCACUUCAUCUCUCUGGAAAAACUGAACGUCUAACUCUGUCUCAUCUCAAAUUUUCUUUUUCAGUCCUUGGGAAGAGGGUUAACUAAACUCAGUUAUCAACAGAUAUCAAUUAUGCAGCAGAUACAUGACCUUCUGUAGUGUUUGAUUUCUGUCUCACUCAGUAAUACAUUCUUUAAAACUGUUUAUCUGACCGAGUUUACCAGUUUUGCUUCAAUUUCUAGUGCAUGGAAUUUAAAGUUUGGUUUGCUGUCCAAUAUUUUCCAACUUUUCUACUAUUAUGGGAGAACAAGGAGUAUAAACAGCAUUUCUGGGGUACAUUUUCAAGUUUUCACUGAAGAAUAAUUACAUCUAAAACAUCUCUGUUAUUCACAUCUGAUGAUGUUAAAUGUGAUGCAGCAUAUUUUUCUAUUUGCCUUUUUUGCACUCUGUAAUUGCACUUUGUAAGUCUGAAGAGCCAUUUUAAUAUGCAGUUUCCAUUAAAGAUGCUAUGGAGCAUAAACUUGUAUUGCAUUCAGCUUAAAGUAACUUAUUUGACUAUGAAUUUUAUCAGAGUACUGAAUUGUAUCAAUUUGUUUGCAUUCAAUAUCAGCUUUGAUAAUUGUGUACCUUAAGAUAGUGAAGGAGACUAUAAUUUAUGAGUUAUUGUCAGUUUUUAUUUAUUUUUGUUGGGA